AUUCUACCGAAAUCAGUAGUGCAAUGCCGUGAAUGCGUUUAUGCUAUCCGUAGCUCCUGGAAUCAACGACAAGUUUAUUGUGUGUGGGCGGAAACUAAACGGGUACUCCAGUUUGGAUUUAUUCGUUAUGCCUAUAACCGACAAACCGCGAUUAAAUCACUCACAAAAUGCCAAAAAAAUCAUACCAGCCACACCCAACCCAUGGGUCGCCGGUGGUCCACCGGGUGGUAAAGACGCUGUUCUCGUGUUCCGUACCUACGCGCUUUCACCUGCAGCUUCGGAGAAUGGGUCGGAUCUAUGCUCCGGUGGCAGCCCAUCAGUGACACCCUCAUCGGAAACCGCUUCGAGCCAAUACCCAUCUGAUGCAGCAGCUAAGAACGCUAGUUCGUCAACAGCUCGGCUGGCCGGGUUGAAGAACGCACAGAAAUCAUCUUCCACUGUCCCCAAUUCUACACUGCCUAAAAAUUUUAACGUUCAACGUAAAACACGCAGUACGGCACCGAGCAGAAGCAGCACUACCGAGGACGACGAAGAGGAAGAGGGCGAAGCCGGCGAGGAAGAAGAGGAUGACGAAGAGGAAGAGAUUGAGCGGGCGGCCAGAGAUGAAGACGCACAAGACGAAGACGAGCCAGACGAGGGUGAGGGUAACGAGGACGAGGAUGAUGGAGAAGAAACGGACGCCGGUACAACAUCACAGGAGGAAUCGAGUCCUGUCAAAGGGAAAGCAGCAAAAGUUGCUACACAAGAACCUCGCACCAACAUGUCCAAAAAGCGUCAACUCGAAUCAUCCUCGUCCUCCAGCUCGCUCAGCAAUGCAUCCAUGUCGAGCGUGAAGGGUGGUGGUUCGGGAGAUGAAAUAGACACGGAAAUGUCAACUUCCAAAUCGGAACCUGCGCUUGCAAUGGCCGCUCUAGAUAAGAAACCGGCCGCCCAUCGCAAGCACAAGGAAGACAACAAGGAGAAUCAACAAACUGCACCAACGAAAACGGAAAUGCCCGCUGCACAGUUAAACAUUUGCUACAAGUUUAUCAAUACCGAAACUCGGCUGUUGCGAAAAAUCCUUAACGCACACGGUAUGGGCGAAAGUGGUCCGGAGUGUAAUGACUUUAAUCUGCUGUGGACGGGCAUCCAUCUGAAGCCGGACAUUUUGCGCAAUUUAGCCCCGUAUCAGAGAGUGAACCAUUUCCCUAGGUCCUACGAGUUGACACGCAAAGAUCGUCUAUACAAAAACAUCGAGAGGAUGCAGCAUCUGCGGGGCUAUAAGCAUUUCGAUAUCGUACCACAAUCGUUUCUACUGCCACAGGAUUAUAAGGAACUGAUAGCGGCGCACAAUAAGUGUCGAGGACCGUGGAUCGUCAAACCGGUUGCCUCUAGCCGAGGACGUGGUAUUUUCAUAGUCAAUUCGCCGGAUCAGAUAUCAUCGUUCGAACAGGUUGUGGUGGCAAAGUACAUUUCCGAUCCACUCUGCAUCGAUGGGCACAAGUGUGACAUACGCAUCUAUGUCGCCGUGACCUCGUUCGAUCCACUCAUCAUCUACAUCUACGAGGAGGGUCUGGUCCGGCUGGCCACCGUCAAGUACGAUCGGACGGCGGAAAACCUAUGGAAUCCGUGUAUGCAUCUGUGCAACUAUAGUAUCAACAAGUAUCACACCGAUUACAUACGGUCGAGUAACGCCGGCGAAGAGGACGUCGGGCACAAGUGGACGCUGAGUGCGCUGUUGAGGCACCUCCGCAGCCAGGGUUGCAACACUGAGCAGCUGAUGCUCGCGAUCGAGGAUUUGAUCAUAAAGGCGAUCUUCUCCUGCACGCAGCCAAUCGUAUCCGCCUGCCGGAUGUUUGUACCGCACAUUGGCAACUGCUUUGAGCUGUACGGCUUUGACAUCUUGAUCGAUGAUAUGCUGAAACCGUGGCUGCUGGAGGUGAACCUCUCGCCGUCACUCGGCUGUGAUACACCGCUUGACACGAAGGUGAAAGCCUCGAUGCUGACCGAUCUGCUCACGAUGGUGGGCAUACCGGCCAUCAGUCCGCUGCAGAAGGCGUGCUACGAUAGUAAGGGCCAGAAGAUACGUAACCUUACCACACCUUACCGGCGUGUAAAUUCGGCCGAUUUUGUGCACACCAGUGGAAGGAAGGAUGGCACCGGAACUGCUGGUGGUGGUAAUCAGCAACAGCAUCAAGGGAAAGGAGAAGGUGGUGGCGGUGGUGGUGCUAAGCUGCAGACGACCCUGAGCGCACUGACGGCAGAGGAACUAAAGAUCGUCCGCUUUGCACGGUCACAGUACGAACGACGGGGUGGUUUUGUGCGAAUUUUCCCCACAAGCGACAGUAUGACCCGGUACGGUUCGUUGCUGGAUCCAAUCACGGGCAUUCCAACGUCAGCCAUCACCUCCUCCAGCAGUGGCACCUACUUGAUGAUUAUACCGCACAACUACAAUCAGAUGUUACACUCGCAGCUUUUUCCACCCGGCAGCGAGACGGAGAAUCGCAUUGUGCAUCGCAUCCAGAAGUAUGAGCGUGCCCUGGAAAGCUCACUGCCAAUUACGAUCGGCCCGAAGCAUACCGCACCAAAGUGUGUGGAUGAAGCGAAGCGGCUACGUUUACAGGUACGCAAACUGAUCGAAAAUGGGCACGAGAUGAGCAUUCUGCAAGCUCGGCGUGCUUUUGGCUACUAUCUUGAGUACAUCCUGAAGCGUCUAUCGUCCGAACCGAAGCACAGCCACGAGGAGCUUGUAAUGAAGUUUCUGUACCGUGUCGGGGCCCACAUGAAGACGCCUUUCUUUUUUCGCAACUUCGGCAACAAAGCGCUCGGCAAGGACCGUGGUGCAAUGGUGGCCAAACAGCUGGGCGAUUAUUUGCAUCUGUACAACAAAGAGACGGAAUCGUACGUGGAUGUGUUUGAUAUUGUGGGCAUGCUGCCGAUAAAGUUGUUCGAUGAAUUUCUGAUGCAAGCGAGCGAGGCGGAUCUCGAGUCCGUGCUGACACUGCACACCAAUCUUACGCAACAGAUGCCGUUCCUGUACAGUGGCUGCUCAACCAGUAUUCCACCGGCGCCACCGAUACCGGUCGGUGCGCACGGUUUUCUGAAGGCGCUUCCGAGCAUGGCUCCGGGCGGCGCAAAUAAGGAGCUGAUACGAUUGGAUCCAUUUUAUCGGCGGGUUGAGAGUCGGUUACCACUUGGUGCACGUGUAAGUGGACUAUCGGAAGCACGCGGUGGGGGUGUUGGUGAGUCAAAAAGCUCGGCCCGCCUUUCACCGAUGAAAAAGAAACCUCCGAUCGGAAGUAUGGUGAAAUCGUCCCGCGAGCGUGAGCAGCGUUCCAACUGGCUUUACUGA